UGGGGAGGGGCAGAGCGCGCGGCGGAGUGAGGCGGCCGGUCUCGGCACAGGGCGGGAAGGGCCAAAUUCAACAGAUGAAUUUGCAGAGAAAGUGGACAUUAUACCUGCAAAGUAGAGACUUUCAUAGUGAUGACUAAUAUAAAGACUUUUGCAGACAGCUUUUAACUGUGGCAGAGCAGCCUUACAGCCAGGGAGCAAGUUCUUAUCUGCACAAGCCAUAGAAGAAAAAUCACAUUUAUAUUAACAAUUUCAUUGGAUGAGUAUCUGCCCAAUUGUAACUUUGGAUAUAAGAUGUGAUUUAUUUUUUUCUUACUUCAUAGGAAAAUGGCUUUUCAGUUUAACUUCUCUAUUGAAGAGAAAGCAGAAAAUGAACUCGAGACUCUUGGUGAUACAGCCUUGCAGCUGGAAUCUGCACAGCCUGCUUUGAAUCCAGGAAGAUCUACAGAAAAGAGCAAAGAAAUUUCAUCAGAAGAAAAUGUUGUGCACAAGGACUCUGUGUGUGCACAUGAGGCAACACCCAAAACUACAGAUCCAGUAGCAAACUGUAGCCCUGGUAAAAGCCAGGUCCAGGUGCUGCCAAAGAAACGAGCUGGCUUUAAAGUUGCCAAAGAGCAUAAUAUUCCUGGAGAUUUCAGCAAAGUGUUAGAAAAUAAAGUUAUGGACACUGUACAGGGCCUAUACUAUGUAAAUAUUUCUGUGGUGGAAAUGACCCUUUCGAAUGACUCCCAUGAAGAAGACAUAGUGUCUAAAAGUAUUUCUUCUCACUCUGAUCUUAUCACAGGCAUCUAUGAAGGAGGGCUGAAAAUAUGGGAAUGCACUUUUGAUCUCAUGGAUUAUUUGUCAAAGGCUGAAAUGCAGUUUAUCAACAAGACAGUCUUGGAUCUUGGUUGUGGGGCUGGGCUGCUGGGAAUACUUGCAUUAAAGAGAAAAGCUGAAAAAGUCCACUUUCAGGACUAUAACCGCACUGUGAUUGAUGAAAUAACCUUGCCUAACGUAGUGGCUAACUGGACUGAUGGUGGUGGUGAUGGCGGAAUCAGUGAACCUUCUUCAAAGAAGCACAAGAAAGCAGACCUCAUACAAGCUCUAAUGUCUAAGUGCAGAUUUUUUUCCGGAGAAUGGACUGAGUUUAGCCAACUCCUGUUAAGUGGCAACAAACCCUUUUCAAAGUAUGACCUUAUUCUCACAUCAGAGACCAUCUACAAUCCUGACUACUACAGUGCUUUGCAUGAUACGAUUUCUAAACUGCUGGAUAAAAAUGGCUGCGUGUAUUUGGCUACCAAAGCACAUUAUUUUGGGGUGGGAGGUGGUGUGCAUAUCUUUGAAAAAUUCAUAGAAGAGAGGAAUGUGUUCAGGACUAGAACUGUCAAAGUUAUUGAUGAAGGACUGAUGCGGUAUAUUAUUGAAAUGGCCUUUAAGAUAUCCAGUUAAUCCAGUCAUUCCCCAUUGUGCCUGUUAAAUAUCUUAAUAAAGAUGUGAUUUAUAGCC